AAUUGAAUCCAAUUUGGAUGAGAUUUUGUUAACAGUGGAGAUAUCAAAUUCUAUCUUCAAAAAGAUCUUUCCGUGCUUCCCUCUCAAAUUCCGUGAUAAUCUCGAACAAGUUCCCCUCUGCAAUCUAAGCUCAGUGCGUUUAAUGUAUUGAUUGGUGGUAAUCAUCGUAAGAGAUGCUUAUCUACGCAGGCUCCCUCUAUUGCUGCAAAACACCGAUCUCCGGCGACCUCCGCCGCCCCCUCCCUGAAUGCGAAUUUUUACCAAGACUCCAAUCUUUACAAAUGCCUGGCUGCCGGAAGUCUUUGCUUCGGCGGAUGGCCGUCCGCCCGAAAGUGAGCAAAGAUGACACUGAUGACAUGUUCGACGACUUGUUAAACAAGUAUGGAAAGGUUGUGUUCAAAAGAAACGACCAAAAGUCUUCCAGCACCGAGGCUGAUGAUGAUGCCGAAAGUUUGUCGUUUGCCAUGGCGACAGCUAAGGUUGCAAGCGAUGUCAAGGCAGCAGAUAUUAGGCUCCUCUUUGUGAAACCUCUUGUGUACUGGACUCGGUUUUUUGUCAUUGCCACAGCAUUUUCUAGGCCUCAAAUCGAUGCCAUUGGAUCAAGAAUUAGAGAUUUAGCCGAAUCGCAAUAUGGAAGAUCAGCAUCUGGGGAUGUCAAACCCAACUCAUGGACAUUACUGGAUUUUGGUGAUGUUGUCGUGCAUAUAUUUCUGCCUCACCAGAGAACCUUCUAUAACUUGGAAGAGUUCUAUGCCAAUGCAACACCUAUUGAGUUGCCAUUCGAGAAUGAGCAACCAUUUCGGAGUUGACGAUGACAUAGCCACUCUUGGCCAUCCCCCUGCCUCAAAUCCUUCAAUGAUCCAACUUAUAAAGAGACCAUAGCACCAUAGUUCUUUGAAGAUUGUAGCAAUAUAAUAUAUUCAUGAUCAGAACUGGUUCAACAGAAUCCCUGAUGAUAAUUCAUGUAUCUCUGGCUUGAGGAAAUUUUCAACAUGUAAGAAUUCGGAAAUCAUAAGUUCCAUGCUAAGGAUAAUCAAGAAUGACAUCAAGGUUUAUCUAGUAUAGAGAAA